AUGACGCAAUAUCAAGAAACUGAUACAUUUCCACAAAAUCCUAUUAUAAAAGCUCAAACUAAAACAAAUAGUUUUAGUUAUGAAAUUAUACAAGAAGGUUAUUAUCCUUUAUCACCUAUAUUAGUAUAUACAUUUCCUCCUAAUAAAUAUAAAAUACCUGAUAAAUAUAUCGUAAAAACAAUUUUCGGCAAGAGAUCUAAUCAACAAAUAAUUAAAUGUUCAAUUAAUUAUAUAAAUAACAAGCCUUUAUAUCAUAUUGAAUUUGAAGAUCAAGUUGUUGAAUCAAAAAAAUCCACCAGUGAAGCAGCUAAUUUGUAUAAAGACAUAUUAAACAAAAUAGCUAAAUUAAAAAAUCUGAUUAAAUUAUGUAGUUCUACUCGAUUUAAUGGAAUAGAAAUUUUUGGAUUACAAUUACAAAAUAUUAAAAAGAUUCGAGAAAAUAAACAUAGAAAACAUAAUUUAAAACCUUUUAAUCAAUUAGCAAAUUCAUCUCAAAAAAUACAAUGGUUAAUAUCAGAAAUGCGAGCUAAAAUUACAGCUGAAAUGUCUCAAGCAAUUAAAGUUUAUACAUUUAAUUUUGAAGAAUUAAUAGAUAAUGAAAGUUUUUAUGAAAAAGAAAAUUAUAAAAUAGAAAAAGAAAUCUAUCGAUCACUAAAAGAUAUACUUAACUAUACAAUACCGGCAUGGUUAGAAAAUGGAGGCUUAAGUAUUCAAGACCCUGUUUUAAGAAUUCGACUUUCUGGUGAUGGGCGUAAUCUUAUUGUAUUGAAAAAUUUUGAUCUUGAAACAAUUUUUUCUGAAGAAAGAGCCAAUUUAAUUCGAAAUUUAUGGAGCAAUUUCUAUGAAUUAUAUGAAAGUCUUAAAAACUCUAAUGUAUCAGGUGAUAUUUUUAAACAAAAGGCUAAAACAUGGUUGCAAUUAUUUUUAACCCCUUCAACUGGACAAUAUAAUACACAUACCUUUAAAAAAGGGUUAUACCAACCAGCAGAUGUUACGCUAUACAUUCACGUUUUAGUUUUUCAUGUACCAGAAUUCUUAAAUGAACAUCACCAAUUUGGAAUGGCAGCAUUCUCUUGUUCUGGGGUUGAAAAAAAAAAACAUCAGCAUGUAUGCCAGUUUUUUCAAAAAACUUUUAAGAAUGGUGGAUCUAAAGAUGUUAGAAAAUCAGCAAUUAUGGAAAUUAUGGAUCUUGAACAACGUGCUUUAUAUUUUUAUAGAAAUAAUGUUCCUACUUUUUUUGAAAAAAACAAAAAAUUUACGAUUAAAUAG